AUGAAAUUAAAAUAUAAUAGUCUUCAACGCUAAGCUUAAUCGAGUCCAUCAAAGAGUAGGAACUAAAGAUCCCUUUUUAAAGCAGUUAAGAAAAAUAUAGAAUUAUAGAUGAAAAUUUUUGUAAUUCUUUUAGUAGUUGAUAUUUAUUAAUUUGUUUGGAUAUAUUUUUCCAUUAUACAUAGUAUUAUUUUGUUUUGGACUUUUCUUUUAUUUCAGAUUUAAAAGUAUAUCAAAUGCAGAGACUAUGGCGUAAGGAAGAGGUUCACUUCGAAUUUGUAAUGA